AUGAGUAGUCCACCGGGUACGGCUGAUCCGCCAUCAUUUGACGAGCUUUUCCGCCGUUUUAUGGAAAUGGUCGCGUCUGGUGCGGUACCGACCACCACGUCCGCGAGGGGUGAUAAAGUGAUCGCGGAUGCUAUUCCGGAUUUUUGUGGUACCGAUCUCGGGGAAGACGCUAACCAAUGGUGCGAUAUAGUCGAGAAAAUCACGGAGAAACUUUCCGUGUCACAAAGAUUAAGUUUGGCCACCCAUGCAUUGACUGGUGCUGCCAAAAAAUGGUAUAAAGGAUGGGAAGGCAACCCACGGACUUGGGCAACAUUUCGAGACGACCUGUGUUCGGUGUUUGUGCCCGAGGAUCGAUUGUGUGAACGUUUGUCCCGUGCGGUUGAGUAUACAAGUGAUUCCGCGCUUUCAUAUUCAGAAUAUGCGCGUAACAAACUAAAGUAUUACGGGCAGACGCAAAUUGAUUUCAAACAACAAGAACUGAUUAGUCUUGUAAUAGGUCAUGUAAUGGACGCUACAGUGCGCCAGUCUUUGAUGAAUGCGCGUUACGAGACGACUUCGGACUUACUCAGUGGUAUUUCUAAUUUCGUAAAAGUGACGCGAAAGGGGAAAGAUCACGAUACGAAAGGUGCAUCUCAUAAAUAUCGUGAACGUGGUGUUGCCCCGCGAAAACGGUGUUAUCAAUGUAACGAGACGGGUCAUUUACAGAAAGACUGUCCGAAAAAACGGAAGGUAGAGGAGUUGCAAAAGGAUUCUAUUAAAAAGCCGAAUGUGCCUACGUGUUCGUUUUGUUCAAAAAGGGGGCACGUGGAAGGUGAUUGUUGGAUUAAGAAACGAUCACCUCGUGAAGAAAGGGGCAGCAAAAGGGGAGCUGACCGUCAAGGGGGAUCUGAAGUGAACGCGUGUUUCUCGGUGGGCCAUAAGUUGUCACCAGUUAUAUUACAAGACAUGUUAGUUAAAUCCUGUUUGAUGGAUUGCGGUGCAACGUGUUCACUUAUCAAGGAACGAGUGGCCAAACGCGCGAACUGUAAAAUCGUUUGGUGCGCCGACAUUGUAAAGUUAUUGUCGGGUUCAACAAUAAAUGUGGUUGGUUAUACAACGGCUGUUAUACAAACAGAAGAAGUGGCAGCAGAACUUGACAUUUUGGUCGUUUCUGACGAUGCGGUGGUUUAUGACUUAAUUAUUGGGAAGAACAUCGGUCCGCAAGGGAUCAAAAUGACUACCGAUUCUAACGGAGAAACCAAAUUGGAGAGGUGUUCAAUGGUUCGGGCUGGAACGCAGAAAGGAGUAACAGCACAGGUCUUCGCUUGCGACGGGGGUGACCACACUGAUGAGACACGUGGCCGUGUAGAAGAGCUGUUGGAGCGUUACAAAUCCCUGACACCGUUGGACAGCUAUAAAAGAUGCGUAAAUACAGGCGAGAUUAAUAUUAAAUUAAAAGAGGAUAAGAUAAUUCAUUAUCACCCCUACCGAUUGUCCAUCACAGAACGAGAAAAGGUAAGGGAGGUAAUCAAUGAAUUACUGUUGAACAAUGUCAUACGUGAAAGUACGUCGCCGUUUGCGAGCCCUAUAAUUUUAGUCAAAAAGAAAAACGGUAAAGACCGUAUGUGCGUCGAUUUUCGUGCUCUUAAUCGCAUUACUAUUAAAGACCGGUAUCCGUUACCCUUAAAAUCCGACCAGCUCGAUCGUUUAAGCAAGGGAAAAUAUUUUACGAUUCUCGAUAUGGCUUCGGGGUUUUACCAAAUUCCGGUAGCGCAGGAUUCGAUAGAGAAAACAGCCUUUGUGACCCCAGAUGGUCACUAUGAGUUUUUAAGAAUGCCGUUUGGGUUAGCCAAUGCUCCUGGAGUCUUUCAAAGAGCAAUAAAUAAGGCCCUCGGUACCCUACGAAAUAGUGUCGCGCUUGUAUAUAUUGAUGACGUUCUUAUACCUACGCAAACCGUUGAAGAAGGUUUAAAACAUUUAGAGCUUGUGUUGCAGGCGCUUGACGCUGCGGGGUUUUCGUUAAAUUUAGAAAAGUGUAAAUUCCUCCAGACGACUAUUAAUUAUUUGGGUCGAGAGGUUUCCGCUGAGGGUGUUAGGCCCGGCAAGGAUAAGGUCAAGGCUUUGUUAGAAUCACCUGUUCCGAAUAACGUUAAACAAGUCAGGCAAUUCAUGGGUUUGGCUAGUUAUUUUAGGAAAUUUAUUCCGGAGUUUGCGUUGGUUCCACUAAAAACUUUAAGCGGUGAUGAAAUGUUACAAAUCUUUAAAGAACGUUUGACGUUGUUUGGUGUCCCGCAACUUGUUAUUUUUGACAGAGGUACUAACUUCACGUUUAAACAAUUGCAACAAUUUAUUGAGAAACACGGUAGUAUAGUUCAUUAUGUUGCUACGGGUGCCCCACGAGCCAACGGUCAAGCAGAGCGCUAUGUGGCGACAGUAACAAAUCUCUUGACGGUAGAAAUAAAAAAAUUUAAGGAAUGGCCGAACAAGCUAGCUAAGCUUAUGUUGUCAUUAAAUACGACUGUGCAGAAAACGACCGGGUUUUCUCCAUAUCGUUUGUUGUUUGGGUUAGAGCGAGGUACAGGUGUUGCUGAUCGCGUUGAGGCCGAGUUGCCAGACACAAACGAACGAAUUAAUGUUAAUGAAGACAGGGACUUGGCAUCUGUACGAUUAGCGGAAAAUGCGGUUGAACAAAAUACUAGAUUUGAUAAGAAACGCAGGGACAAUGUGGUGUACAAGGAAGGCGACACAGUUUUUGUAAAACCAGCCGAUUUAAGACGAGCCAAAUUAGAGUCGAAGUAUUUAGGCCCGUUUGUAAUAUCGAAGGUAAUGCAAAAUGACCAUUUUGAAGUGGUGGGCAAAACUAAGAGGCCACAAACGGUGCCUAAAGAUCGUAUGAAGUUAUGGAAAGGUGAAUGGUCUGGGGAUAUCGAUCCUGACGAUAUUUGUUCAUCGUCUGAUGAGCGUAAUGUUGAAGAUGAGCCGUGUUAG